AUGGCGGCUACCAAUGGCGCCAACCGCACUUCCAAUGCCCUGGUUUCUGUUGAUGAAUUGACCUCACAGGAUUACGAUUUCAUUGUCGUUGGCGGUGGAACCGCUGGUCUUGUGGUCGCCGCUCGGCUCACCGAGGAUCCAAACAUUGCUGUUGCCGUCUUAGAAGCAGGCCAGAAUCGGAUGGACGACAAGAAUGUGUCCACUCCUUCUCUCUAUCCAACAAUGAUUGGCCGGCCUGAUUACGAUUGGUGUAUGGCAAGUAUUCCUCAACCAAAUGCCGGCAACAAAGUCUACUCCAUGCCACGAGGUAAACUCCUUGGAGGAUCCUCCGGCAUUAACUACCUCAUGUAUGUGAGAGGCAGCAAAGCAGACUAUGACGCCAAUUGGGAGUCGAUGGAUGGCUGCGCUGGUUGGGGGUGGUCCGGGAUGGCGCCAUACUUUCGCAAACAUCACACCAUCGAUCGCACUGAUUCCAGCGCAAAGAAGCCUAUGUUCAUGCCAGCCACCGAAUCGGAGGAGUAUCAUAGCAAGGACGGACCGAUCCAUACCAGCUUCAAUGACUGGUAUAUGCCGCUGGAAGAAGACUUUGCAAAUGCCGCCUACGAAUUGACUGGGGGGGACCGAAUUACAACAGCCUAUCAAGGCGAUCACCAUGGCUUUUACUCCAGUCUUGGCGCUGUGAACCGUUCUGAUGACUAUGGUAAGAGGUCAUACGCUGCCACUGGGUAUCUUCGUCCCAACCUAGGCCGACCCAAUCUCAAGGUCUUGACCGAAGCACAGGCCACGAAAAUUCUCCUGGAUGGCACAGUUGCUAAAGGGGUUGAGUUCGUUCACAAGGGCAAGAAAUACAGCUUAAAUGCUACCCGUGAGGUCAUCUUAUCUACCGGAGUUAUUCAGAGUCCCCAACUACUCGAGCUUUCUGGCAUUGGAGAUCCCGACGUCUUACAGGCCGCUGGCGUCGAUGUCAUUGUUGAAAAUAAAGGGGUAGGUGCUAAUUUCCAAGACCAUGUUCUCGGAGGAGUCCUCUACGACUUGAAACCGGGAGUUGAAUCUAUGGACGCUCUACAUGAGGAGGAGUUCCUGAAAGCGCAACAAGCUAUCUAUGACAAGACCGGGAAUGGCAUGUUUGGCAAUCCUGGUAUGGCCAUGGGCUUUAUAUCCUAUGCGCAAAUAGCCACCCCUGAAGAGCUCGAAGCUACCAUCAAGGAAAUAAAAACGAAUUCUUUGGCUAAGUCUGCCUUCGAGAAGGCGCAAGAGAGAGUUAUCGUCGAUCAGCUCAGCAAUCCAGGCUUCAGCAACCUGCAAACCUUCUGUAUACCAUGUCGCCUCGAUGUGGCAAAAGGCUCUGACCAGACACAAUUUUUCGGAGCGCCGCCUAAAGGGAAACAACAGGUGUCCCUGUUGAUUUGUCUCGAACACCCUCUCUCCAGGGGAACCGUGCACAUCAAGAAUGCCGACCCACUGGCUCCCCCGGAGAUCGACCCGGGGUAUUUCCGAAACGAAGUCGAUGCGAAGAUCCUCGCGGCCGGCGUGAAAUGGAUAGAUCAGGUAGCGAGGCAUCCUCUCGUCGCGAAAUCCCUCGAUACUCGUGAAUUGCCACCCAAGAAUGCGAGUCUCGAUUCCGAAGCAGAGCGGAUCGAGUAUGUAAAGAACCAUAUUAGCACGCAAUAUCACCUGAUAGGCACCUGUGCGUUAGGACAAGUGGUCGACAAUGAGCUGAAGGUCAAGGGUGUGCAGAAUUUGAGAGUGGUGGAUGCAUCUAUUUUCCCUGGUCAUGUUUCAGGGAAUAUAAUGGCCACGACGUACGCCGUUGGCGAAAAGGGAGCUGACUUGAUCAAAAAGGAUAUCAAAGCUUGA